UAGUUUUUAAGCAUCUGCCGGUGAAUUGAGGCACCCGUGUACAGAAUAUACACACAUUUUGUUGAAUAUUGUGUUGUGAAAAAUAAAUUGCGUGCUAAAAAGUAAACGCCAAAAUGAGUGGCGGCACUAUGUUGUAUGGCGGUGAUGAGAUUGGAGCAUUGGUGUUCGAUCCAGGCCACCAUUCGCUGCGCGUGGGCUACGCUCAAGAAGACUCGCCAAAAGCCGAAAUUCCCUCCGUUGUGGGCAUUGGAGCGAAGGCGCCAGACACCAACUUGGAUCCAGAGACAAAGACAGACAACAGCGUCACGCCAAACAAUGCACGCAAGUACUAUGUGGACACCAACUAUGUGAAUGUGCCGCGAUCCCAGAUGGAGGUGCAAACAUACAUGAAGGACGGCAUGAUUGACAACUGGGAGCUGUUCGAAAAGGUCAUCGACUAUGCGUACGCGAAUGUCAUACAAUCGGAGCCGGAAUAUCAUCCGGUGCUCUUCUCCGAGGCAUCGUGGAAUGUGCGCAACAAUCGCGAAAAGCUCACCGAACUGAUGUUUGAGAAGUACAAUGUGCCAGCAUUUUUCCUGGUCAAAAACGCCGUACUCGCUGCGUUCUCAAGUGGUCGUGCAACAGCUCUGGUGGUCGACAGUGGCGCCACACACACCUCCGCUGUGCCCGUACACGAGGGAUACGUAUUGUCGCAGGCGGUGGUGAAGUCACCGCUUGGCGGUGAUUUUCUCUCCCGUCAGUGCAGGCAGCACUUGGAGAAGCAUGGCAUUGAUUUGUCGCCCGUGUAUAAGAUUGCCUCCAAAGAUGUGGUCAAGGAGCGAGACAAUGCCCGGUUUACGCUGCGCAAACUGCCGGAGAAUCUCACGCAAUCGUGGCAGAACUAUAUGACGCAACUGAUGAUGCAGGACUUUCAGAUGAAUGUGUUGCAAGUGCUGGAGAAUCCCUACGAUGAGCGUGUCGCCGCACAAAUACCCAUGGUCCACUAUGAGUUCCCUAAUGGCUAUCAUCAGGAUUUCGGUUCGGAGCGUUUCAAAAUUGCCGAGAGUCUAUUUGACAAUGCCAUGCUUGGCGCCGGACAACUUGCGUCCACCAGCGUGGGCAUGUGUGAUGCAGAUGUGCGUUUGUCUCUCUUUGGUUCCGUUGUGGUUACAGGUGGCAACACACUGCUGCAAGGUUUCCCAGAACGUCUCAAUCGGGAUCUGCAAUUGCGUGCACCGUCGAAUACACGCUUGAAAAUGAUUUCCGCGAAUGGCAGCGUGGAGCGAAGAUUUGGCGCUUGGAUUGGUGGCUCCAUAUUGGCCAGCAUUGGCACGUUCCAGCAGAUGUGGAUAUCGUCGCAGGAGUACGAAGAAGCCGGCAAGAGUCAAGUGGAACGCAAAUGCCCAUGAAGGACAGUCAGAUUGAAGAAUUCCAAUUUUAAUUGUAAAGACAAAUGCUAAUAACGAUGUAUAAUUGUAUAAGUCAAAAUAACUAUUUAUUGUGUGUGCGCUUCAUUGCGAUAAAGGUGCAUCUAAAUCAA